GGCCAUUCAUUCAGCUAUGAACAACAACGCCAGAAAUAGCUAUUAUCAUGUUCCAAAUCAAUCAGAUAGGUAUGGUUCGGAUACAAGAUCAUCAGGUUGGCGAGUACCUGCUUUCUCUUCAAGGAACGCUUGGUCCAGGAGUGAUUUGAUAGUUAAUAGACGUUUGCUCGAUGAUUCUCCAUCCACUUACUCACGAACAGCUUCAUCAACCGUAGAUUAUGUACCACCAUCACAUACUCCACAUCAGAUUCCAAUCCGGACCAGCAACAACCAGAGGAGGCAACACCUCGAGGCACUAAGGCAAGCCGUUCACAACCAACAUAACAGACCAGAGAGCAAUUCAAGAUCAGCAUCAUCACAGCCCAGAGAAGAAGACCAUGUUCUGAAACAUCUAACGAAACAGACAUACAACCCUGUCCCUAAAAGCCAGCUUCUAAGAAACCUGAGCUUAUACUACAGAAACAAGAACUCAGGAAGCGAAAACUCAAGAAACACUUAUCAAGGUUACUCCGGUGAAGACGACGAUGAGAAGAGAUGCACGGUGUGUUUAGAAGACUUUGAGCCCAAGGAAACAGUGAUGCUCACUCCUUGCAAACAUAUGUUUCAUGAGGAAUGUAUAGUUCCUUGGUUGAAAAGCAAAGGACAGUGUCCUCUCUGUAGAUUCGUCAUUCUUAAGCCGACAAGACGAGAUUCUUCACCUGGUAUUAGCUCAGAUCUGGCUGGAGACAUGACAGUGAACGAUCUCUUCACAUUAGAACUAAUCUCUGUGAUUCGUGCAAUGGAAGAAAGUUUCCUUUUCGGUUAUCCUCGUCGCAUGUAGAAUCAUAAUGGAUAGGCAAUGUCUUAAAAGAAAACUCAAAUGUCUGAAGAACAAUGAAUAAAAACAAAACUGAG